AAAAAGUGACGGAAUUUGCAGUCUCGCAGCAGCAGCAGGCCACUUUUUUUCUUCUCUCGCGAGAUCGUCGCCAAAUUUCGAACGUCGUUCCGUCGUCGUCGCGUUCCGUGGUGGUGGCCACACACAUCCGGUUCCCUUCAAUUGCGUCGCGCGAACUAGUUUCGGGUGCGAUUUCGAAGAAUUGAACCAAGAGGUAAGCGAGAGCGAGGAUUGUGACGGAACGUGGUCCAACGUGUGUGUCGUUCCGGCGAGGAACAACCUUCGCGAGUGUGUUGUGCAAAAGAAAUUUUCGUGAAGAGGGAAUAAGAAGACUCGAAAAAAGAGCAGCUGCUGGCCUCUUCUUCUGUUCGAAAAAAGAGAGAAAAAAAAACCUUGGAAGAAUUGGCCAUCGUCGGACGGACGGAACUGCUUGCGAACGAUUGCGACAGGCGGUUGUGUCCUUGGACGAAGAAGCAGCUGCUGCUGCAACUGGUGGGUGGGGAGGGCUCGUCUCGUGUGUGCGAGUUGUGAAGAGAUUGUGAGAUUGUUUGUUGCAAGAAGAAGAAAAGCCUUCGUCAGCUGAGUUUCUGCAGCCCCCCGUGCAAAAUCAUAACCUCCCGUCACCCUCCGCGAGGAGGCCCCACCACAAUGGCCUCAUCAUCCUCCGCCAUCGCCACCGCCGGUCCCUCUUCCCAGCCAUCGUCCUCCUCGGCCUCCACUUCCACAAAAGUGUGCAAGUUCUUCAAGCUCGGCACCUGCAGCUACGGAUCCACCUGCCGCAAUCUGCACACAAACGAACCCACCACAUCCGAGGCAGAAGGCACCUCCGCUUCCGCCACCGGUUCGUUCCGAAUCGACCCGCUCAAGUGGAUCAACGCGCCCGAGUUUGUGCCCAAGGCCAAGUUCGCUCCACCCCCGCAGGAGGUUCCACCCGGGGAGGAGGACGGGGAUGGGGGGACGGCGGCGCCGGCGCCGAUUUCGUACGCGGCCAUCGUCACCAUGAACAACAACCACAACGGGCUGGGCAUAAUCGAGCACUGUCCGGACGGCGGGGACGGCGUCGAUUCGUCGCUCUGUCCGUACUACGAGGCCAGCGGGUGCUGUAUGCUGGACGGCUGUCCGUACGAGCACGGUGAACUGUGCGAGCUGUGUGGCAAGUUCUGCCUGAAUCCGGCCGAUCCGGAACAGCGCCGGCAGCACAACGCCGAGUGCAUCAAGCAGCACGAGCUGGACAUGGAGCACUCGUUUGCGAUCCAACGGUCCAAGGACAAGAUCUGCGGCAUCUGUCUGGAGGUGAUCCUGGAGAAGCCGGGCCGGGAGCAACGCUUCGGCAUCCUGCCCAACUGCAACCACAUCUUCUGCCUCGAGUGCAUCCGGACGUGGCGCAAGGCGAAGAACUUUGAGAACAAAAUCAAGCGCGGCUGCCCGACCUGUCGCGUCUCGUCCGACUUUGUCUGUCCGAGCAUCGUCUGGGUCGAGGGCUCGGACGACAAGGACAAGCUGAUCGACGACUACAAGAAGGCGUGCAACACGACGCACUGCAAGCACUUCCAGCAGGGCACCGGCAAGUGUCCGUUCGGGAACAAGUGCUUCUACAAGCACGCCCUGCCAACCGGCCAGCUCGUGGACGUGGGCGGUCCCUCGCGGCAGCAGCAGCAGCAGCAGCCCCAGACGCUGCGCUUCCACCUCCAGGACUUUUUCCGCGAGUUCAUCAACCAGCGGCACAUGCUGGUGGACGACUUUGUGUCCCAUUUCUUCUCGGACAGCGAAGAUUCGGAGCUGUCGGAAAUCUACGACUACUAUGACAUUUAGUUGCUCGGCGGCGGCCCCUCUCCGGAUCCUGCCCGUCAUGUCAGCCUCGGCAGCAGCAGCACCAGCGGCUUCGGGAACAUCAACAUCAACAAUGGUAAUACAAUGCAAAUGGCGGCAUUCCAAGCGCACCAAAAUGGCGUCGCCGUCUCGUGCAGAACCCAACAACAACAACCAAUUGUACACUACUACUACCAAUACUUUGUCUAUUUGCAUGCCACGCCCAUGCGCUCCUUGCCCUCGAGCAUGUGUAAUCGUUAGAAAGGGGGGCGGAUCGCAGUAGGCAUCGCUUGGCGGCGUGCCUCUAACCUCAAACUUUGUGUCACCCCAGCACCACUCACAUCUCUUUGUGUGCACGUCAAAAAAAGGCAAAGAGAUGUGAGACGCUAUGAUAGUAUUUUUUCUCUUCAAAAUGGCGUCUUGGCCAUCAAUUUUCUGUGUAUUCGUGUGAGUGUUUCAAAAUAUGUAAUAGUUCAAAAGCCAAUUCAUAUACACCGUCGAAAAAAAAAUGAGAAUAUCUGCAACCUAACUUCGAUAUCAUUGUUUAUAGCGAGCAAAAAAAUAGUAAACAAAUAAAUUUAAAAAAUAACGAGCAAACAAAAAAACAAUCGAUUGACCCAAACCAAAAACUACUUGACGCAUGUUAAUUUUCAAUAAUUUGUCUACAUUCUAAAAAUAACUUAGUAUUAGAACCCAUCCCGUUGGAAGAAAAAACCGUGUUAAAAUAGUCGCCAUCUUUAAUUGUUUACUAAUCUCCUUGCCUUCCUCUCACGAGCAACAACAACUUAGUUCAAUUUGUAAGUUUAGUUUAGAGCAAUUUUUUUUUCGUUCGUAAAUUCGCGUGUACCUGAUGACUUCAAACCACCUUGGCGAGAGGGUGGUGGUGGCUCUUGACCCUACACGACUUUCCCCUUUCAAAAAAAAAAAAAAAAACUUUUCAGCCUAAAAAAGAGAGUAAAUUUAGCCUCAGCUUGACCGCGCGAUGCAAGCAAAGCUUAAGUUUAGUUUUUCUUCUUUUUCGGGCAUUUAGAAGUUAAUUUCAUUUAAUUUAAGGUGAAAAAAUAAAAAUCGAAGAAAAAAUGGGUCAUCGAUUCUGAAAACGCAUGCCACGUAACAAAAAAAAAUACACACUCAAAGAAACACGCCGCCAGAGCUUUACAGAAAUGGGAGAAAACAAUACAGAUUUAGUGAAAUAAAAUACUACACAUACUAACGGAAAUAUCAACUGGUUCGACAACUUUCUACAAACACGGAAUGUAUUUCAGUGCAGUGCAGUGAAAGCAUAAUAUUUUUUUUAGUGUUUUAAUUUGAAUCUUUUUACGCUUUACUUAUUUUAA